AUAUUUUUCUCUCCGUCCACAUUUUUUCAGGUAAUUCUAACUUUCUCUCUGCUUCCCCAAUAAUCCUCCAUGAAUUUCUUCAAGUCCGUAUUCGCAGACGAGCCCGAUCCGUCAAACCCCGAAUCCGACUCAGAAUCGGGGCCCACGAGUAACCAAGAUCCAGAUCCGAAGCCCCAGCCGAGCCAACCCGAUCCCAACCCGGCCGGCAUUGGCGGGUGGAACUUCGGCGAUCUGAUCAAAACCAUCGCCACCAAGUCCGAGACCGUCAUCGAUACCUACCGCCGCGACUUGCAGGAAUUCGGGUCGGGUCUGAAGAAAGAGAUCGAGGUCGCCCAGGGGUCGCUGGAGACAGUCGGCACCAGAAUCGAUGAGUUGGGCAACACAGUCCUCGCAGGAACGGCCCAGAUCAUCUCCCAGGGCAUCCUCGCCCCCGAUCACGAAUCCGAUUCGUCCGAUUCCAACAACACCUCGACCCCCCAGCGGAGCUUGAAUUCCAACAAGUACAGUAGGUUCGAGUCUCAGGUGCGCGCGAUUCAGGGUGACGCCAGCACCUACUGUGAGGAGCCUGAGGAUUUGGAGGAGUAUAGGCAGUGGAGAUCGGGGUUUGUGUUGGAGGAGAAGAGGGAGGAGAUUGAGGGUUUGCUUGAGGGGAAUGGAGCAAUGGAGAAUAUUUACAACAAGGUUGCGCCCAAUGUGGUUGAUGAUGAGACGUUUUGGAGCAGGUAUUAUUAUAGGGUGUAUAAGCUCAAGCAAGCUGAGGAUGUCAGGGCGAAUCUAGUGAAGAGGGCGAUUUCGGUUGAAUUGGAGGAGGAGUUGAGUUGGGAUGUUGAUGAUGAUGAGUAUGAUGAAAGUGAGGGCAAUGUGGUUGCGAAAUCGAGUCUAGGGAAGAGUAGUGAAGUUGGUGCUGAAGAUGUGAAAGAGAAGGAGUUGAAGAGUGAUGAUCAGGUUGGAGAUAAGGGUUCCUCAAAGGUGGGAGAGGUGAGCAGUGUUGCUGAAGAGGCUAAUGUGGCAGCGAAAACAGAUUCGGUGGAGCAAAAGGUUGUCGAGGAAGAGAGUUCUGGUGAGAAAUUGCAAAGUGGGACUUCUGAGGUUGUUGAAGAGAAGGAAGGGAAGAGCCUGAAAGUUGAUAAUGAGAAGAAAGAAAGUGCUGUGGAGUCUAGUGGUGAUAAGGAGUCGGAGAAGAAAGUGAAUCAAGUAGGGGAUUCUGGGAUGCCAUCAAAAUCUGAUGAGGAGAAGAAAGUGAAUGUAGAAGGGGAUUCUGGGAAGAAAGACUUGCCGCCAUCAAAAUCGGAUGAUAAAGCGGCUUUAGAGGUGAAGAAUGAGGCUCCUGCAUCUAGCAAAGAGAGUGGUGUAUCGGCUCCUGCUUCAGUCCGGCCCUCAGUAGAACCUGAGGAAGAAGACCUUGGCUGGGAUGAGAUUGAGGAUCUUAGCAGCAUUGAUGAAAAGAAAGCAAACCCUGGUGCAAGUGGUGCAAGUGCUAAUAGAGCUGAGCUGCAGAAGCGGCUCAGCACUGCGGAAGAAGAAGAAGACUUGAGCUGGGAUAUAGAAGAUGAUGAUGAUGAACCCGCCAAAGCUUGACAGCAAUUAAUUUUAAGUUCUUUAUUCUCGUAUUUAGUCACCAAAUUCUGUAUUACCCCCCAUAUCUGUUUCUGCAAGAAGUGUCAUAUGUAAUGGGAGACUUUUUCUUUUUCUUUUUCUUUUCAUUUUCUCUAAGAUGGUUUGAAAUGCAAAGAUGUUAAAGUUGAACCA